AAAUUGCAAUUCUGAAGAAGAGAUGAACCAGGUGCAACGAUUGGGGUUCUGGUCCUUACCCGCAACUAAGAAACAAUUUGUUUCCGAAACACAACUGAGCCAGGUGUUGGCUUCAUUGUGGUGCAAGUUUGAGCCCGAUCGUGUGGAAAUUAACGCCGCCACCACCUUGCCUCAGCCCAUCAAGUCCAAACCACAAAUAUAUGAACAGGUCUCCCACGACAACCCCACAGCUUCUGGGGUGCUGUUGGCAUGGAAGCGGUUCUACGCCUAUGGAAAGUCUAUUGGCGGAUUCUAUCGAGCCGGGGUAGUUAAUGUAUGGAAAAACAAUUCCGAGUGCAAUCGAUUGAAGAAACAGUUCAUGAUGUCCGACAAAGUCGACCACGCGGGUCAGUCGGUGGCGCUCAGAAUCCCCAGGUUCAACAUGUUGACCCAUGAAAUGGCCCAGGUGAUCUAUAUGAACCGCAUCGAGAACAAGACUCUGAACGACAUUUCCAAUGUUGAAACCAAGCUCAUUAAACACAACCAACGACCACAGGACUUUGACCCUGGUUUAUUUGCCUUGACGAGACUGCAGUACCAGCUUCUCAACAGGACCCGCAAGGACUUUGUCAAACUUCCACUCUUUGCCGUGCUUUUUGCAAUCUUUGUCGAGUGCACACCAUUGCUAUGCUAUGCGUUUCCUCAGAUAACCCCCCUGACGUGUGUUUUGCCUUCUAUAGUCCCUCGGUUAUGGGACACCCGUGGGAUUGAGGCCAACUCCUCCCUUGUGAGCAAAGAACUUGAGUCGGGUGCAGAUUUGAGCCUGUUGGCAUCUCGCACCGCCUACAACAUGCCUGCUGAACAGGUAAAAAACAUGGUCAGAUCAUUGCGUUUGGUGUCACAGUACUUGCCCAUAGGACUCUACUCCGAUACCACCCUCCGUGACCGCUUGCAAGCCCACCUCAACUAUCUUGUUGUCGAUAACUAUUACUUAUGCGGACUCAACCGCCAGGGAAAUAUCUGGGAUCUCUCGUUUGAGGAGCUUGUGAUGGCAUGUCUAGAGCGAAACUUAAUCGAGGAUCUCCGUUUGAUCUAUUCAGAGGACAGAGGGGUAGUGUCGGCCGACUUAAGAGCACGUUUAGCACGUUUUCUCGUGGACUUCAAGGACUAUAACAUUGGAUACCUUACGGUCCGUGCCCACUUGUCAUCUAUAGACUCGGAAAAGCUCAUUGAGUGGAAUUCGUCACCUUGAUAUGGCAGUUAGGCUGUAAAUAUACUGUAAAUAGAUUUUCUAUCACCUUUAAAGCCACUUGCUUAUGGCACACUUUUUGCAGCUGUCGCAAAUUGGCCGUUCGCGAUU